CAAAAAGUAUUACCUUUUCAGUUGCUUGGUGCACUAGAAAACGGUUCCUGAUGUCCUUGCUUGCUUAGGUGUGGGGAGUUCAGCAGCAGCUUCCAACAUGUCCCAAUGGCAGCAGAUCCAAACGCUGGACAAGACUCACAUGGACCAGAUAGACCGCCUCUACUCAGAUGACUGCAUAUCCAUGGAAGUGCGUCAAUAUUUAGCCUAUUGGAUCGAGGAGCAGAACUGGAGCCAAGCAGUAGAAUUGGACUCCUCACAAGCCUGCUAUCUUUUCCAUACCAUGCUGACUUUACUGGAUGAUCAGCUUGGACGGCUGGAAUUGGGGGAAGAAAACAACGCUAACAUGGUACUCAAGCACAACUUACGCCGCUCCAAACUCCAUCUAGGGAGCAAGUAUCAAGAAUGUCCCCAGGAACUAGCCAAUGCCAUUGAUGGUCUGCUGAGACAGGAGCGAGCAAUUCUGUCUGAAGCCUUUUCUGCCUCUCAGGCCAGUGUGGAGUCCCCACGUGAAUCCUCUGUGGCUACCAGCCAUCAGCACAAGAUUGAGGAGCGGCUAAUGGAUAUGCACAAGACAAUUCAGGGUCUGAAAUGUUCGAUUGAUCAACUUGGCGAUCUGCAGGAUAAUUUUGACUUCUGUUAUCGGACACAUAGCCGUGUAGAAAGCACCACCCCUGCCAGCGAUCCUGCUCGGUCCAAAACCCAUCAGAAGUUACAAAACAUGAUAAAUAAGCUGGACUGCUUCCGCAAGGAGAUGCUGGGGAAAAUCCAGGAACUUCUUGGACGCUCUGAUACUCUAAGAGGUCUGCUACUGGAGGAGGUAGUAGCGUGGCAAAAUCACCAGCGGUUUGCUUGCAUUGGAGAUACGUGUGAUACCAGUUUAGGACAUCUGGAAGAGUGGUUCACUAAGAAUGCUGAGGAUCUCUUCCACCUGCUGCACCUACUGAAGAUGCUGGAUGAGAUGCACCAAAAGUUGAGUUACGAGGCAGAUCCCUUCAGGAACCAGUUGCCCCUUCUGGUACAGCGGCUUCAGGAGCAAAUAAUCUGCCUCUUGAAAAGUGCUUUUGUGGUGGAGGUACAGCCGAGGAUGCCAUUUCCCAAUCAACGUCCACUGGUGCUGAAAAUCAACAACAAGUUCUCUGUCCGUGCCAGAUUACUGGUGAAACUGCUGGAUCGUAACCACUCAGCGGAGGUGAAGAUUGACAUUGACUGGGAUACUACUAAUUUGGCAGGGUUCCGGAGGUUCAAUAUUUUGACAUCCAACACCAAAACCUUGAUGAUGGACAGGCCCCAAAUGCAGGGACUCACUUGUGAUUUUAAGCACAUUGUAUGGGACUAUUGGCUGAUGCUGAAAGAGCAGAAAAUCUGUGGUGCAGGGAAAGGCAACAAAGGGAUUAGUGAGGGAGUGUUGUCUGUCACCGAAGAAUUGCACAUUAUCACUUUCACCCUGGACUACUGCUAUCAAGAACUCAAGUGCCAGCUGCAGACAUCCACCUUGCCAGUGGUGAUUGUCUCCAAUGCCAGCCAGUUCUCCAGCGCUUGGGCUUCCAUUUUAUGGUUUAUUAUGUUCAGCCCAGACACAAAGGACCAACUCUUUUUCUCCAAGCCACCAGUUGCCACCUGGGCCCAGCUUUCCACUCUGUUGACCUGGCAGUUCUCAGCAGCCACUGAGCGAGGCCUGGACCUCUUUCAGCUGAAGAUGCUGGGAGAAAAACUCUGUGGGCCAGGUGUGAACUCACAGAGUAUCAUCACAUGGGCCCAGUUUUCAAAGGAAGUGACUGCGGAGCCACAAGAGAAUAAUUUUGGCUUCUCUUUCUGGACCUGGAUUGAUGGGAUCCUGCUCCUGAUUCAAGAGCAUCUGCUUCAGCUCUGGAAGAACAAUCUCAUCAUGGGAUUUGUCAGCCGCAAACGUGAAAAGCAUUUGCUGAAGAAGAAAAGAGCGGGCACCUUCUUGCUACGUUUCAGUGAGAGUAUCCCUAACGGUGGCAUCACCUGUACCUGGGUAGAAUUUAACAAUGACGGUGCUCCGGUGGUCCAGUCAGUUGAGCCCUACACCAGAAACGAGCUAAAAUCCCUUUCGCUGCCUGAUAUCAUCCGAGAUUACCAACUCCUGGCUGAGAAGGACAUCCCAGAGAAUCCACUCCUCUACCUGUAUCCAGACAUUCCACGGGAUGAAGCUUUCGGUCCUUAUUAUAAGGAACGCCGGGAAGCAAGCAUGAUGGAACAAAGAAAAUACUUGAACCGCCGCCUGAUCAGAGUCUCCUCUAAGCAACCAGGGGAGACUCAGAUGCCAGAAGUGGAGGAGUUAAGCAAUGUGUUGAUACCCAAUGGUCUCCUGGAGAAUUCUGAGUAUAAAAUGGAAGACAUUCUGCUUGCCGAUCCUUUUUUUUCCCAGUCAGAUGAAGGGCAGCAGCUGCUACAGGGACCUUGCGCCUUCCUUGACUUUCCACAGCUUAUUCUGGAUGAAUCAGAUUUCCAGCUUACACCCUCCCCUGAGAAUUCAAGCAGUGACACUGUCAAAAGUGAAGUUGAGGAUAUAAUGAAGUUGAUGUUUUAUGCUAAGGUAUAGGUCUGUAGGUCUGAUCCCUAUUAAUUCAGUGAAAAUGCCAAACCAUUCUGAAAACAGGCGCUUCCAGAGUUAUUCUGAAUAUCUGGACAAAGACUGGACACUGAUGAGGUCCACUGAAAUGUGGCUGACAUUGCACUAAACCUUAAUGUGGUUUGGAUUAUGCCUAAUAAGAUGUAAACUUGUCAGCCACUGUGGAUUUUUAAACCACGUCUGACAGCUUAACAGUAUUGUGAACCCAGCCACUCUGGAUUUUUCAAUGGCUACAAUUAAACCAUGACUUAGCAGGACUAAUUAGGUUUCAGUUGUAAAAUGAGUAUAAAAAGAACAGAAGACCCACAAACCAUGAGUGAAUUUGGCUGGCAGGCAUAGUUUCUACUACCCAGCAGAAAUAUAUUCAAAGUGGCUUCUGA